UGCAGCUUUUCUGCAGCAACUGUAUGCAUCUUCACCCUUUCCUUUGCUGGUCCCCAAACCUCCAAGCUCCUAUUCUCUCAAUCCAUCGCAUUAGUCGUGCUUUUUAUACUGCGUUCAAACUGCUUUCCACAAAACACCACCGUUAUUGCCCUCGACAUCGCACCACUGGGUCGACCUAUUCAUGAGCCUCAGGUUGUAUCAAUGUGUGCCUAAAGAGGCUUAUUGAGGCAACCGACACAGCACCUGCGGCACUACAAUCACCACUGCUAAUCUCCCUAGAUCUCGACAUAUCCUUUGCCAAUGCACCUUCCUGACAUUUCCUUCCUUGGUUCCUUAGACACAGUUUCGGUCCACAUCAACCCGCAACGUUACCAGCCAUACCACGGCAGCUUUGAUUCAAAUUCUGGAGCACAGCACCACCAACACCCCUCACGCAACGAUCAGUUCUUUUGCCAUUACCAGUGCACACAUUCAAAUCACAGCACAAACCUUGUGCCUGAACGCAUCAGUACACCAGUAUUGCAGGAUACAAAUUCACGGCAUCGGUUCCCUGACAUUUACUCUACUUCUACUGUCACUUCCGUCUCGUCGUACACUCUUUGCGUCGAUUCUUCGCCAGAAGUCCAUCACGCAAGAAUUCCUUCGCUACAGCAUUCCUAUACACCAACCUUACAGCAGCCACAACAGCAGCCACGACAAUAUCAACAGGAGGAACAACAGAUUGGCGUUUGGCACAAAAUCCCUCCGCACUCGGUGCGCGCCUCAGCGAUUGGCAUAGACGGACCGGUCAACACACCAUCAGAUACCUUCACGUCGAAUCUUGCGCCAUCACAGAUAUCGUGCGCGAGUCCAGAUGAGGCUGCCGCUAUGGGCAGCGACGAUGGCAACAAUAUGUUCAUGAACCCAUGCGCCGACGGUGAAUUCAUCGUACGAGCACUGCAUGAAUACCAUACCGAUAGCGUAGGACAUCUCUCCUUUUCACAGUUCCAGUAUAUCAAAGUUACACAUCGAGAAGACUCCGGAUGGUGGCUAGGCGAGAGCGAGAACAAUCGUGGUUGGUUUCCAAGCAACCGCGUCGAAAGAGUCUCUUCUGUCUACGAGUCUGAGUAUCUUUCGCGCCCAACAUCAAUUACAUCGGAAGACUACGAUCAAAUUAGGACCGGAUUGGACGGUGUGGAGACCCAGUUCUUGGGAGAGCCAGUAACAGAAUCAGUAUCAGACAGCAUGCACUUGGAUUGGGGCGCUAUAUCCCCAACGAUCGGACGGACCAGAGCGGGACAGCUAGCGUUUCCUCCUAGUCAACUUUCAGCACUCCAACCAUACUAUGGUCCAGAUUCACCACCAAUAAGCGACAGUAGUAACACUGACCUCCCCAAUGCGUACUCGGAAUUCAUUGCGGAAGUGACACUUUAUGUGGAUGAGCUUAGAGAGGCCGCCUCUGAUGGACAAGUAGACCGAUACCAGCCCACGGUAGCCAACAUCAUUUCGUGCGUCAAAGCUUUACUGAUCUUCACCAACACUAUUGCACGGGAUAGUGAAGUUCUGCGGACAUAUCCGGAACUCGAAAAGUCAAGGCGUAUCAUUCUUCGCGCACUAGGCAAGUUGUAUUCAAAAUGCCUUGUCGCAAAUGGAUCGCAGGCGCUAACUACAUCGAGGCAACGCCAGUUCGCGGUCGAAAAGCUGGGGAUAUUCAGCGGGCAGGUCCUUGAGGGGAUCACCGAAUUUGCGACACGUUCGCGGGAGAUUGGCUUGAGAAUACGGGCUGAAAUCACGGCAGCAUCACCAAAGCGAGGAGAGUUGGGUAUUAUCAUCCCGAGCACUGGGGACAUUGAAAAUUCUCCACCAUCUUCAAACUCACACGGAUCACACGGAAAGCGCAGGCGUGUAUCUCGAGCGGGAUCCGCGAAGGGAUACAAGUCGUUUAAUGCGGUUCGUCAGUGGAAGGCGGAGCAUGUCCAAAAAUAUGCUACAGCAAGGAAAGCAAUCGAGCUAUUAUUGACCGAGUACAUGGACUGUUUGAACGGAGAGAGCGGCAGCACAGGCCUGGAUAUGAUUUUGAGAACGACGAUCCAAGCAGCCCAGGCAGUCGAGAUUUUCCUCGCCAGCGCGGAAGAGUUGAAGACGAGGACCAGCAUAAAGGAGGAGAACGACUACGCGAUCCAUAGAGCUCAACUUUCAGCGACAUCGACUAAACUCUUCGAGUAUAUCAAGUCAUUGCAGAGCGGAGGAGGAGCCAUGAUCUACUCAACUGAGACGAUUCUGGCCAGGUUCAUGAGUCUUGCAUCGUUGCUGCUGAGAUGCCUAGUGGAUCUCCAUCCCAAGUCCAGCCAUGGAGGACAGGAACAGUUUCAAUCCGACAAAGAGGCCUCAUCUUCCGAAGACCAGGAACCAGAGGAACAGGAUGUUUCGUCCGCAGUCUCGAGAAUGGCUCCCGCUUUUGAAACAUUCAGCAGAGGCCAAAUGAAUGGGAAGGUCUCGUCUUCUGCAGGACUGGUUAGCUGGAGCGACGAUUUACCACCAAAAUUUGGUUCAUCCAGGAACGUGAGCCCACCGAGGUUCAAGUACCCGCCAGGCCCUGGGGGUCCGGUCUCCCCUCUCAGUAGGAAGUUCGCCUCUCUCAACUCCCUGCACGACCGCUACAAGCGGCCCAACGGUGGACUGUCUUCUUUCGACAAGGACACUGGACGCUUCAGCUCGGAUAUGGGUUACGACGAAAGUGAUGAUCUGGAUAGAAAUAUAAUGGGUCCCUAUCGAUCGAGCCAUGACUCUGCCGUGAUGUUCAUGAGCGGGCGAAACACUCCACACCACAGUCUGAUGAGCAGAGGCUCCCCGACCGCUGCUCCGAUCGCCAAGGAGCGCGAUCUUGGUCGCAAGGUCCUCUCUGACACAAGGAUUCCAUCGAUUCGACGUGACAACGAUGAAAAUGAACAGGAAAGACUGAACGCCGCUAUGAGAAGUGCGGAGAGAACAGUAACCGAGAUAUUUGUACCAGUCCAGGAAAUGUCACAGCUGGUAGAAGAAGUAAUUACGCCGGCACCUCAAACAGCAGAUCAAACGUUCAAUCAGAAUCUGGCGGCAUCAUCAACGCCAAAUCUUGGACCGCAACGAACAUCAUAUUCCAGUCCCUCGCGUGCAUCAUACGAAACUUCAGUACGUACACAGACAAAGACGACAGAUAACGCCACGUUGCCUACAUCGCCGGCAAACACGCCGGGAACAUCAAGCAGGAAUGGGCGUCCCAGUACUCCAACGGAUGUAUCAAGGAUCCUCGCCGAGGAUUCGGAUAUGGUCGGGCUGGGUGUCAGUGUUCUCGGAAAAGCAGUGUCCAGAAACUCUGUCUCACCGGGGGCUUCUGGCCAAGGAUCGGGAGCGGUUUCUCGUUCAAUGCGUGUACGCAGUCCUGUCCCAUCUUCACCGAAUCUGGAGCCAUCUAAACGAGUACAACUGUCAGAAUUUUCUUCUCGUCCUCACAGUCCAAGCCUAGGUCCUGAGCCGCGGACGUACUCAAGAAACAGCAAUGGAUCCAGCAAUAAUCUAACGACUGCAGUCACGCCAAGUUCGAAACGAGAAUCUCAAACCUCCGUUCGCUCAGACAUUUCGACAGGGAGACGAUCGAAGGACAGUCAGCUAUCAGGGGAUCAGGAUAGCACGCAGGAUCGACCUCAUCCAUCGAUUCAAUCAGCACCGCGCUUGGACUCGAGGGCAAGUGCUAGUCUUCGACCAGAGCCUCAGGGAAGGGAUGAAGAAUUGCUAUCCGGACUUGUCACCCCUACAACCCCUAACAUCCAGACUUUUGUGGAUGGUCAACCUCCCCAAAGACCAGGCAAGAGUCAUCGUAGAGAGAGCGCUCAAUCGACGCUGAGUGUUGCAAACAGCAUGCACUCUAGAUCUGGUGGGGGUUUUCGUCCGAUUUCUCCAGCCCUAUCCACCCGAAACGGCGGCCAGGAUAUUGGAGCGCGAGGGCGGCUAUCAACUGAGAGCACCGCAGCUGAUGAAAGGCAGCAGCAGCAUCGACAUCCACAGCAGCUGACAAGGGCAAAGCCUAGCGUACCGCCGUAUCGUCCACGCCAAAACAAGGUCGGUCAAUCAAAGGGCCGGCCCAGUACUGAGUCCAAACAGGAAAGCGUCCUGGCUACACCAUGGUUCCUCGAGAACGACUACGAACCAGACGAAGUGCUAUACAACGACAACGGCGCGUUGGUGGCGGGCACUCUGGAUGCCUAUAUCGAGAUGCUGACGUCACACAAGAAUACCCCAGAUCCAGCAUUUGUCACGACGUUCUUUACGACUUUCCGGCUGUUUACCGAUCCCAUGGAACUCGUUCAGCUUUUAAAAAAGCGGUUCGUCAAACCUCCUCCAUCUGGACUUGACGAUCAGGAGCGCAUGACCUGGCAGCAGGAAAAGCAGGAGCGUGUCCAAAAGAGGGUGCAAAUUGCUCUCAAGACUUGGCUAGACGGAUAUUGGGUCUCUGCAAAGGACCGAGCAGCGUUCAAGCCAAUUAUGGACUUUGUCACCCAGGAAAUGAUGGCAAUUCUCCCCGGCCCAUCUGGUCGUAUGUUAGAUAUGCUGAAUCAAUGGGCCAACAAACGAAAAUCGCUCAAUCUCCAUGGUCGACCUCAGACCCUCAGCAAGUCUCGCUCUCAUGAAAGGAUUAACCAGCUCACACAGGAGCCUGGAAGCAUCCAAGGUAGUGGCAUCACCGGUAGCAGCAGCAAACCAUAUGCUACGCUCAAAGAGAAGCACUCGAUCGAUCAGUCUCGACCAAUUAGUCGAAGGGGUAUUAGUGCUUUCACGAACAGGGAUAGUCUCUAUUCUCGAGGUCCGCCUGUGCCGUUAGUCAAUAAGGCCUUGCUGAGUGCCCUGGCGAGCGAUGCGACGAUGGCCAAAGUUGUGGUAACAGAUAUCAAACCCGUGGAAUUGGCGAGGCAGCUGACAAUCAUGGUGGGCAAGCUGCUUUUGGAGAUCCCAUACCUGGAACUCCUUGCAAAAGAGAGGCCUAAUUGCUCUCGCGUAGUUCAAUUAUCGAAUAAGAUUACGUGGUGGGUCACGGAUACCAUCGUAGACGAGCCCAGUGUUAAAAAAAGAAUUGGUGUCCUCAAGCACUGGGUGGAAGUUGGUGAAGAAUGCCUGAAGCUGAAUAACUUUGAGACACUUAUGGCCAUCAGCUGUGCCAUUGAAUCGAGCACGGUGAGACGCUUGCACAAUACCUGGGAGGGUAUCAGCAAGGCGUACGUUGAGCGCUACGAACAGCUGAGGAAGAUCAUCUCGAAUGACUUUAACUACAGUCUCUACAGGGCUAAGCUGAAGACCGUCCAGGCACCUUGCGUCCCCUUCUUGGGGUUGUAUUUUACUACGAUUACCUAUAUUGAGGAUGGAAAUUCAAUUUACAAGGAACUUAAUCCCCCGGAACUAGCACUAAACUCUACAUCGUCCGCCACGUCCAUACCUGUUCCACCUACCACUCCUACGCCCGUCACAACUAAAAAGCUGCUCCGAUAUGGUCGAUUCUCUCAACUGGCCAAAGCGGUUCAAGAAUUUCGAGAUCUCCAGGGCAUUUACGACUUGUUGGAGGUUCCAAGGAUGCGUGAUUUUAUCUUGAAGCGUACGGAAACCAUAGAUUUGGAGAGGAGCUAUCAAAAGAGCAAGGCGAUCGAGCCCGGCCGACCUACGCCGAGCAAUAUACCCGGAACUGGAGGAAGUAGUGGUAGCAGCAGCCAAAGAUCGAGCAUCAGUAUGGGUACAAGACCGGGCGCAAACAGGGGUCUGUUUUAUGGAGGGAUCACUAAUUCGGAGAUGAGCAGCGGCAAUAGCAUGCCGGCAAGGUUGAACAAGUUGUCAUUCUUCAGAAAGAGCACGAGGACCGAGCGCCCUUAAAGACUUUGUUUCUUUUCUUUUUUGUUUUAUCCAUAUAAUGUACAAUAAUACAGCAAAAUAAAAUAA